CUGUGAUUUGCAUAAAAAUCCUCUCCCUGAUGCAACGGCAACAAACAGUACCGGAGUCUUCCUGACAACAACUAAUAACUAACAGAAGAAGGUAAAGGACAGAGGAUCAUGUUUACAUCGACCCUAGCCCUUCUGGGCCUCAGUCUGGGACUUGUGGCUAAUGCUUUCCCCACACAACAGUCUGAAAACGGGAAGAACUGGGUGGUGAUUGUCGCUGGCUCCAAUGGCUGGUACAACUACCGACACCAGGCCGACGCCUGCCAUGCGUACCAGAUCGUCCACAAGAAUGGCAUUCCUGACGAGCAAAUUGUCGUGAUGAUGUAUGAUGACCUGGCGACCAAUGAGCAAAACCCCACCCCAGGGGUGGUGAUCAACCGACCCAAUGGGACAGACGUCUACAAGGGAGUCCCCAAAGACUACACUGGAGACGCUGUUACCGCUGACAACUUCCUGGCUGUGCUGAAGGGUGACUCAGCCAAUACUAAGGGGGGUUCUGGGAAAGUGCUGAAGAGUGGUCCCAACGAUCAUGUGUUUGUGUACUUCACUGAUCAUGGAGCUCCUGGGCUGCUGGCCUUCCCCAAUGACGACCUUCAUGUUGCCGACCUCAUGGGUGCCAUCAACAACAUGCAUGAGAACAAGAAAUAUGGGAAGUUAGUGUUCUAUAUCGAGGCCUGUGAGUCGGGAUCAAUGAUGACCAAGCUGCCUGCUGACAUCGAUGUGUAUGCCACCACAGCAGCCAACUCUCAUGAGUCGUCCUAUGCCUGUUACUAUGACGAUAAGCGGGAGACGUACCUGGGGGACUGGUACAGCGUCAACUGGCUGGAGGACUCUGAUGUGGAGGACCUGAGCAAAGAGACUCUGAUUAAACAGUUCAAGAUCGUCAGGAGCCACACCAACACCAGCCACGUGAUGCAGUUUGGGAACAAGACUCUGGCCCAUAUGAAGGUGGUAGCCUUCCAAGGUAAUGUCAAUGCCAAGCCUGCCCCCCCCAUGAACCUGCAGCCCGUAGAGGACCCAGACCUGACCCCUAGCCCUGAUGUACCCCUGGCCAUCCUUAAGAGGAAACUGAUGAGGACCAAUGACCUCUCUGCAACCAAGAAAUACUUCAGCCAGAUUACGUCAGACCUCAAGGUGCGUGAGCUGCUGGCAGAGACCAUGCGCAGGGUGGUAGAGACGGUGACAGGAGAGGAGAUCAUGACCCAGAGGAUCCUGAGUGCCAAGCUGGAUCUGACUCAGCAUCAAUGCUACCAGGCUGCUGUUAACCACUACAAGAUACGAUGCUUCAACUGGCAUAUCACUGAGUAUGAAUAUGCUCUGCGACACCUGUAUGCCCUGGUCAACCUGUGUGAGGGAGGAUACGCAACAGACAGUAUCCUGAUGGCAAUGGAGAGCGUGUGUCACUUCAACUAGACGGCUCUUUCUGAAUGAACACCCCUUUCGGAUCAGGUUGCUGUGCCUCCACACAGGAGGGUCUGAGACGACGAGUCUUCUCUUUGCACUGACAAGGAAUCAAGUUUGACAAAAUAUAUAUUUUCUUUCACACUGCUAUACCACUUUUUCAAAUGUUUGAUUUUAAACUUUUAUUCCCUGGAUUUAUUGAGACAUUUUAAAAAUGUGUUUUUUUUAAUGCUGAAUUGUACGAUCACUGAGCGUUUUGUUUGUUUUUACUACUCUGAUUUUUUUAUGACGGUUUUGGAUUCAGUUUUCUCCCUCUGGUAGAGUGGUAUCUGAAAUUUAGUGGGUAUACUGUAAUUUUGCAAAACUGCCCUCCUAGUGAAGGAAAAGCACCCUGUGAAAUUCUGAGAAACGGUGACCUAAACUCUGAAUGACCUAAAAUGAUGAAACCCAUAUUGGUCUUUCAGUCAGGCUAACCUAAGCUUUACUGUGGAAGUAAGCUAAUAGUAGGCCCACUAUUUCAUAUACCCCCUCCCUUCCUGCACCUUUUUUAAUAGAACAAUUUCUUUAGUUUUUCCAAGUCCAUAACAAUGCUUAAACACAUCAAAGACUACUUUUGGGGUCUGGGGGGGGGAAGAAAUGUAGAUUUUGAGUGUAGCUAACCUCUUAAUGAAUGCUCAGGCACCUAGCACUGUUUGGUUAGUGAUGUUUCUGUAGCCACUGGCUUGAUCUCCUUCUGCCAGGGAGGCAUAGCUAGCUUAAUGUUUUUUUUAAAUUGAGACGGUUGUUGUGAACCAUGUCUUUCCAUCUACCAGGAGACUGUUGGGGGCCUGUCAUCAGCAUCGAUAUACUUUUUCCCCCUCUUCAUUAAUUGUUUGCUACCUGGACAUUUUACUUCAUAUUAUGAGGCAUGUCUUACUUUGACUCACACUAGCCACAAUCCCAUAGAAACAUGGAGGAAAUAAUUGGAUUUGCUUUGUUUGUCUAGCAGACAAGUUAUAUUAGCAACCCAUGAUAUAGUUAAAAAAUUGAACCGAUAUUUCUGUCCCUGAAAACGUGCAUUUUUAGAUUGGUUAUUUCCUGCAAAUUGUGCUUUUUAAACUUUUUUUUUUUAUUUUAUUUUUAAAAAAAACCUUCGCAUGUAGGCAGUGUGCAUGUUGACGCACCGACAAUGUGACGAAAUAAUAAAAUGAAUCGCAACGUUCUAUCAGCCUUAUUAAUUGUUACGGCGUAUACCUCCACUACUUUGAUAAGCAUCGUGGCGAUUUAAGAAGUGACUAUAGGCAAUGCCCAUAAAAAUGGGUUUACGGUUUGGACCUGUAACAGGGUUGGUGCUUGGAGGGUGAAUCCUACAGCGUCAUAAUACUCACGUUAACCUCCAUGCAGACUCCUGUAAAGGCUCAGGAUACUGUGUUGUCACAGGGAUGUUAAACUAAAACCUUGAUGGUCAGAACAAACUGGAAAGGACUUGUGUUCACUAAAGCGAGCCACAAGGUGAUGCUGAGGGGUGUAAGCCCACCACAGCCAUGAUUUAAAAAAAAAAAUAUGAUAACGCAUGGACUCUAGAUUUAUUGCUCUUAUACAACUGGUUACCAGCCUUAAAGCAAGAUUCUUUCCCAAACCAUUUUAAUUUAACAAACCGUGAUGCUAGAUUCACUAACACUCGUUGUCAAGUGCAAUUUUAGGUGUUUGGUUGUUAGGUCUAUUCUCAAAAAACCCAAAGAGCCCUCAUUCUCAUGACUGGAAUUUUAAGCAACCUGCAAAGUUCUAGAACUAUGGCAAACAAUGGUUGCUAUGGAUGCUCAAUCACUACAGGCUGAAAAUACUUAACUAACUGCAUGUGAAUGUUGUCUAUCAUGGGCAGGCAAGACUCUCCACAAUAGGGAUUUCUGAACCAACUGUAUAAUAGGAAUUACCAUAGUGGCUCUUUCCAUCUAGUCUACCCCCUCCUGUGUCAUAACUUAAGAUUUAAUCAAGAUAUUGACCGACUCAAAUAAUGAUUCCUCUUCUGUUGGGAGUAAUUUGUCAUAUUAGGAUUACAUUAUAUAUAUUUUUUUUUAAAGUUAAAUGGUGUACCUGGUUUUGCUGAGGAAAGGUAGAGGCCAUAGACUGGAUUCUAUUUAUGUUUUCUAGCCACUGUAUAUUAUCAAAAGCAAUAGUGAUUUAUCUUUUAAUUUUUUGAAGUUGCUGAAGUUUCUGCAUGACUGUCAUAAGAUGCCAAAUGGGGCAGAACACAGUUUUUAGGAGUGUAGAAGGGUGAGCUGGUCAUGCAGUGGAGGACUAAGGUUUUGAGGAGGGGACUGCAGGAGUAACAUAGCAAACUAGAAUGUAUGUAUGAAUGAAAUGUUCACUCUCUUUGGAAUUUGAAAAAUAAAACUGACCGUGUUCA